AUGGCAUUAAACAGUUGUUCCUCGUUAGGUUAUGUGUAUGAAAGAGACCUGUGUUUACCUGUCACUGUGGAUGCCAGACGAGAGGAAUUUACUUACGAUGCCGCUUGGAUCGCAGGAGCAUUUUUUCUUGGACUUGUUCUGGGAGUUGUCAUCGUUUUGCUUCUGGCCAAAUAUUGUCUUUACGUCAGGAAACGCAAACAGCUCGGAAAAGGGGAAAUUGUCACUACAAAUAAGAAGGGGGCCAUUUCCCAGCUGCAGUUUUGGAGAAGAAAGAAGCCAGUUUUGCAGACAAGUGAAGACAAUGUAAUGCAGUAUAAAGAAGACACAGCUGUAAUUCAUGGCAUGGCUGAUAUUAUACUUCAACCAAGCAAAUGUAUGUCAGAGGUGGAGAUGGCUGAGCAAGACAUGGUUUCAAUUUUGUCUAUGGAACGAUCAAAAAAUGAAGAAGUGUCAACACUGAUGCAGCAUAUCCUGACAAUACUUUUAAGAAAGCAAAUGAAAGAAAGAGCUAUAACAAAGAAUUUCUUCAACAACUUCAUAAGGAAGGUUGAAGAAGACAUUAAAAAUAUGAAUAAAAUAAAUGACAUAGAAAGAGAAGAAGCAAAACAG